UUAUAUAUAGAAAAGCAGAGAAAGUAGCAACUCAUUAUAUCUUAUGUAAGUUGAUAAACAAACACAAAAAACAUGAGCUACUUUCACGCCAACAACGUUCUUGUUGUGUUGUUUUUCCUCUCUUUAUUAUCAUUGCUAAAUAACAUUGUGGUUGGAUUUCAAGUAUCACCAGAAUUUGAAGAAGAUGAUCACUCUUUGUUGGAUUUCUUAUCUAGCAGAAAAGAAGUUGUGGAAACUGCUGGCUAUGGAGAAGAGAAGCUAUCAACUGUUCUUAUUACUGGUUCACUUCAUUGUGAACCUAAUCAUCAUCUUCAUCAUUCACAUGCAUGGCCAAUACCAGGAGCUUUGGUUGCUGUCACUUGCCAAAGCCAUGGCAGUGAAAGAAAAGGGAAAUCAAUGGUAGCAAAAGGUGUAACUGAUGAGUUUGGAGAUUUUAUGGUGGACCUCCCUUCCUAUCUUCACGCUAUUCCCAACUUAGAAAAAGUAUGCAGGGUGAAAGUUGUUAAUAUUCCAAAAGGUUCACUUUGCAGACCAACUCGUCGUGUAAAAAAACAGAAUGGCCUGUUUAAGCUCUCUUCCAUCGGGAAUGGCAUCCGCACCUAUGACGCAGGAAACAUAAGGAUCCAGCAUUCAACUUCUGAGCCACGGCGCGCACCACCACGCAAAGACAUCAAGGAAAUUAAGGGGUGGGUUUGAAACCACUUCAAAAUGAGUAUGUUUGUAAGAGCACCAUGACUCACUUGGAAGGCGCUUAAGUCGCAGUAUUGGGUUGCAUGGGUUUACAUUUCGUAAAGUACAUAAUACAAUUACAAUAUAGUGUAUACAACAGACAUUGCUUUGUAAAUGAUUGCAGCGAUUCAAAUUCGAAAGCUGUUUGUGUGAGAUUGUUAAAUUUAUGACUUGUGUGUAA